CUGUGUCUUGUUCCUUUUGUGCCCAACUUUCAGGGUCAUGGGGUACUGGAGAUGCCCUCAGGCACUGGGAAGACAGUAUCCUUGCUGGCACUGAUAGUGGCUUACCAGAGGGCUUUUCCACUGGAGGUGACCAAACUUAUCUACUGCUCACGGACUGUGCCAGAGAUUGAGAAGGUCAUAGAAGAGCUUCGCAAGCUGCUCAAUUUCUAUGAGCAGCAGGAAGGGGAGAAGCUGCCGUUCUUAGGACUGGCUCUGAGCUCGAGAAAGAACCUGUGCAUUCAUCCCGAGGUGACACCACUGCGCUUUGGGAAGGACGUGGAUGGCAAGUGCCACAGCCUCACAGCCUCAUAUGUGCGUGCCCAAUACCAGCAGGAUGCCAGCCUGCCUCACUGCCGCUUCUAUGAGGAAUUUGAUACCCAUGGACGUCAGGUGCCUCUCUCUGCUGGCAUCUACAACCUGGAUGACCUGAAGGCCCUAGGGCAGCGGCAGGGCUGGUGCCCCUACUUCCUGGCUCGAUACUCGAUCCUGCAUGCCAACGUGGUGGUUUACAGCUACCACUACCUCCUGGACCCCAAGAUUGCGGACCUGGUGUCCAAAGAGCUGGCUCGCAAGGCUGUUGUGGUCUUCGAUGAAGCCCACAACAUCGACAAUGUCUGCAUUGAUUCCAUGAGUGUCAAUCUCACCCGCAGAACUCUGGACCGCUGCCAGAGCAACUUAGACACCCUGCAGAAGACCGUGCUCAGGAUCAAGGAGACAGAUGAGCAGCGGCUGCGGGACGAGUACCGGCGCCUGGUGGAGGGGCUGCGGGAGGCCAGUGCAGCACGGGAGACAGAUGCCCACCUAGCCAACCCUGUGCUGCCCGACGAGGUGCUGCAGGAGGCGGUGCCAGGCUCCAUCCGCACUGCGGAGCACUUUCUGGGCUUCCUGCGGCGGCUGCUGGAGUAUGUCAAGUGGCGGCUGCGGGUGCAGCAUGUGGUGCAGGAGAGUCCACCCGCCUUCCUGAGCGGCCUGGCCCAGCGCGUGUGCAUCCAGCGCAAGCCCCUCAGGUUCUGUGCUGAGCGCCUGCGGUCCCUGCUGCACACCUUGGAGAUUGCUGACCUGGCCGACUUCUCCCCGCUCACACUCCUUGCUAACUUCGCCACUCUUGUCAGCACUUAUGCCAAGGGUUUUACCAUUAUCAUCGAGCCCUUUGACGACAGGACCCCCACCAUCGCCAACCCCAUCCUGCACUUCAGUUGUAUGGACGCCUCCUUGGCCAUCAAACCUGUGUUUGAACGCUUUCAGUCUGUCAUCAUCACCUCUGGGACACUGUCCCCACUGGACAUCUACCCCAAGAUCCUGGACUUCCACCCUGUCACAAUGGCAACCUUCACCAUGACGCUGGCCCGAGUCUGCCUCUGCCCAAUGAUCAUUGGCCGUGGUAAUGACCAGGUGGCCAUCAGCUCCAAAUUUGAGACCAGGGAAGAUAUUGCUGUAAUCCGCAACUAUGGCAACCUGCUGCUGGAGAUGUCUGCUGUGGUCCCCGACGGCAUUGUGGCCUUCUUUACCAGCUACCAAUACAUGGAAAGCACUGUGGCCUCCUGGUAUGAGCAGGGCAUCCUUGAGAACAUCCAGAGGAACAAGCUGCUCUUCAUUGAGACCCAGGAUGGGGCAGAGACCAGUGUGGCCCUGGAAAAGUACCAGGAGGCAUGCGAAAACGGCCGUGGGGCCAUUCUGCUCUCAGUGGCUCGGGGCAAAGUGUCAGAAGGGAUUGACUUUGUGCAUCACUAUGGGCGGGCUGUGAUCAUGUUUGGAGUCCCCUAUGUCUACACCCAGAGCCGAAUUCUCAAGGCCCGACUAGAGUACCUGCGGGACCAGUUCCAGAUCCGCGAGAAUGACUUUCUCACCUUUGAUGCCAUGCGCCAUGCAGCCCAGUGUGUGGGUCGUGCCAUCAGGGGCAAAACAGACUAUGGUCUCAUGGUCUUUGCUGACAAGCGGUUUGCUCGGGCCGACAAGCGUGGGAAGCUGCCUCGAUGGAUCCAGGAGCACCUGACUGACUCUAACCUCAACCUGACGGUGGACGAGGGUGUGCAGGUCGCCAAGUACUUCCUGCGGCAGAUGGCACAGCCCUUCCACAGGGAAGAUCAGCUGGGCCUGUCACUGCUCAGUCUGGAGCAGCUGCAGUCAGAGGAGACACUACAGCGGAUCGAGCAGAUCGCGCAGCAGCUCUGAGCACAGGACUGUGGGUGACACCCAUGGCUCUGCAGGAGGAGGAAGCUCCACCUUUCCUGUCUUGUUGAGCCUGCCCGCAGCACCCUGCUCUAUCACUGGCCCCUCACCUGCGUCCUGGCAGCCCUUGGACCAUCCACGUUCAGCAUGUUGAGUGACAUGGCUCUCUUCAUCCUUCAGAGGAGGACGAGAGGACAAGAGUGAGUCAGGAAGGACUGCAGGGCCUUGGCUCUGACAGAGUCACAGACAGGCACCAGGAAGGUUGACAGGCUGCUGACCAAACCCAGCACUCACCCUGCAGCCCCUGCCAAGCCCUCCCUUCGGAGGCGGGAAACCAGCUUCUCACUACCCCGCCGGAUGGACUCUCGGAACUUGGAGAAGGAGCUGCUUCUGCGCAGGACCUGAGGAGGACACAGUGACAUGUGGGGACAUGGUGGGCCCACCCAGACCAGGCCCACAAGGACCCAGGGUAGAGCCUGCGUACCUGCUGCUGUGCAUCACCUGCUGUGCCUGCAUGGGGGGCACCUGUGGAACAGGGACAUGGUUAGUGGGGUAACAAGCGCCACACAGGAGGGUAGGCAGGAGCAGUGGGGUGGGCUCACCAAGUGGGGCAGGCAGGGCCUCCUGGCUGAGGAUCUCCUUGUACAGCUCCUCUGCCUGCUGGUACUUGUUCUGUUUCAGGUAGGCUGAGGCCUGCGGGAAGGGCAGGGGCAGGGCGUGGGCAUCUUGCUUAGGCCUGGGAACUUCUCAGACCUGCCCGCCUUCCCCAGCAUCCUGCCUCAGCUGACUACAGAGCAGACACCAUACCAGAACCGUCCCUGCUCCACCCUGUGCCUUGGUCCUCCUACCUCAGUGCGUGAAAUGUUAGGGGCAUCUGCUAUGACAAUAAAGCCUGACACAGGCUCCUGUGAA